AUGGAUUACAUCUGGACUGGGCUCGCGGCCCUCAUAGCCUAUACGGUUUAUGGUGCCAUCUGGCGACUCUUCUUGAGUCCUAUAGCUCACUUUCCGGGGCCAAAACUCGCAGCACUCACAAGCCUGUACGAAGCAUAUUACAACAAUUGGCUUGGAGGGAAGUACAUCUACAAAAUCCAGGAGCUGCACGACAAGUACGGACCAAUCGUUCGAAUUUCGCCUUCUGAUCUGCAUGUUGGAGAUCCCGAAUUCUAUGAUAUCCUUUACCCCAGCACUACAAGUGGAAGACGGGCGAACAAGUCACCUAGUCUAACCAAAUUCUUCGGACUAGACGAUUCGCUGUUUUCCACGAUUGACCAUGAUAUCCACCGCAUGCGCCGCGCCGCUCUCUUACCGUUUUUCAGCAAUUCAUACGUGAGAAAGAUGCAGCCCGACGUUCAGGAGAGGCUGGAUGUGCUGUUCAAAAGAAUGGCCAGCUUCAAGGAUACGGAUGAGCCAGUGAAUGCGAACUGUGUGUUCGCAGCGUUUAGCAAUGAGACCCCGAACUUUGAUUCAUCGGAGCGCGAUGCUUCUUUGGCAGGCGCACAGUCCUUCCACCUCUUGAAACGUAUGCCAUGGUUAAACACUGUGAUGAUGCCACUUCCCGAGUCACUUGCCAGUCGCCUGAGUCCUGCACUUGGCUCGUACAUGCGCCAGAAGAAGAUGACCCGAAAGCAUGUCGAACGGCUUGCUUCUGAAUCGAAAGACGGAAUUUCGGGAAGCGAGACGGGGGCAAUCUUUCGGGCUGUUCUAGAGUCUCCCAAGCUGCCACCCGAGGAGCGGUCGGUAGAACGGGUGGCCCAGGACGCCCAGAUGUUACUCAUGGCCGGCACACUCACCAUGGCCUCGACCCUGGAACACUUGAUCUACUGGAUGGUCGAUAAUCCGGAGGUGCUGCGAAAACUCAAGAAAGAACUGCACAGCGUGAUGCCCUCGGUGGACGAUGCCGGCAAGGUCCCGCUUACAACGCUGGAAAGCCUUCCCUACUUGACGGCGGUCAUCAAAGAAAGUGUUCGCUUGAUCUAUGGAAAUUCAACACCCCACUUCCGCUAUGAUCCUGACCAAUCUCUGGUUUACGAGGAUAAGACGACCGGUAGGCGCUGGGUCAUCCCCCCAAAGACUUCUGUCGGCAUGACCAGCGUGCUGCUACACCACAACGAGCGCAAUUUUCCGAACAGUAAAAAGUUCGAUCCCGACCGCUGGCAGGGUGAUGAGGGCAGAAAACUGGAAAAAUACAACGUGGGCUUCGGCAAGGGCAGCCGCAUCUGCCUAGGCAUGAAUCAGGCAUAUGGGAUCUUACGUCUGGUGCUAGCCCAGCUCUGGAGGUUGUGGGCCAGUCCGGACGCGAAGAUUGGGGACGAAAUUGGGGUACUCAGUCUGUAUAACACGAGUCCCUAUGACGUCCAGAUGAAGGGGGACUUUUUCGUGGCGGCGUAUAACAAGGCCCAGGGCGUCGAGUUCAAACUCAAUAGCAUGUAA